AUGCCGGUGGAAAGGGCACCCAUGGAGGCCCCUGACCUGGAGAUUGUUGGUGAUAAGGUAACAAUUCAUCCAAGCGGGUAUACUGGUGGACCUCAGGAUGGCCCAAUUACGGAGCGCAACCUCGUUUCUCAUAUGGCGCGCUUUCGUGAGAAUCCUUUUGACUUCUUGCGAGAAGUUAGCCUCUACAUGUCGGGGACAGGAUGGCGUGCAUACAACGAUGUGGUUGGACAGCCUAUAUUUUACCCGGGGUUCUCGGAAAGAAUCAAGUCGAGCAUCCUUGCCAGCCCAAUUCUGCAAGCUAAGGUCAAAGAGUUAGCGGAGAUGCGCCUUGCGGUAGAGGAAAAGGAAGGGCUACUACAGAUAGGCCAAGGCUCUGUAUCGAAAAAGAAAAAGCAGCGUCGGGCUGAGAUUGAGAGCAAUUUGAAGGAGGUUGUUGAUACAAUGAUGGAUAAUAUGAUCUGCAAGAUGGAGAGUAAGACAUUUAUCCGAGGGGCAUAUUAUCUUUGCACGCAACUUCUCACACGAGCCUAUCAUCAGGGAAUCCACGUAUCCAGCGAGGAAGUUCUGCGCUUGCGAUCGGUUGCCCAGGAAGCAGCAAAGAAGAAGCAAUCUAUCGUCUUUUUGCCCUGCCACAAGUCUCAUGUAGACUACGUGUCACUGCAGCUUAUUUGCUAUCGUCUGGGAAUUGGCUUGCCGAUCGUCGUGGCCGGUGACAAUCUCAACAUUCCUUUACUGGGCCCUUUUCUACAACACGCAGGCGCUAUGUGGAUCAGGAGAAGCUUCGGGAAUGACCCACUGUAUCAUACCGUUGUCCAGGCAUACAUCGAUACUCUUUUGCAGAAAGGGUUUAAUUUCGAAUGCUUCAUUGAAGGGGGACGAUCACGGACGGGCAAGCUUUUGUCACCGAAAUUCGGUAUCCUGAAUUUCAUCGUGGACAGCCUGCUGUCGGGACGUGUUGAAGACACCAUUAUUUGUCCCGUGAGCACGCAGUAUGACAAGGUCAUCGAGACCGAAUCCUACAUUAGCGAACUCCUUGGCCAGCCGAAGCGAAAAGAGAAUUUGGCUGACCUCCUUUCGUCGUCUUCUGUUCUGUCAUUGAAGUUGGGGCGGGUCGAUGUUCGGUUCCAUGAGCCAUGGAGUCUGCGAGAGUUCCUCACGCAGCAACUGAGUCGGUUGCCCAACCAGAUCGACGCAAAGUCUGGCCACAAACUCAGCUACACAGAGAGAGGGCGCAUUCUGAGAACGCUGGGAUACCGAGUUCUCUCUGAUAUCAACAAUGUGUCCGUGAUGAUGCCAACUGCUCUUGUUGGUACUGUUUUAUUGACUCUCCGUGGUCGCGGUGUUGGCAAGGGAGAGCUGGUACGCCGUGUCGAAUGGCUCUGCGAACGGGUCCGAGCGAAAGGAGGGCGUGUUGCUCAUUUCUAUCGAUCUCCCACUGAGCUCGUCGUAGAUCGUGCGCUGGAAGUCCUGGGCCCCAAGCUUGUGGGCGUGGUAACCGGUUUGGCCGAGCCUACCUUUUAUGCUAUAGACCGCUUCCAGCUCUCAUUCUACCGCAACAUGACAAUCCAUUUGUUCAUAACGGAAGCACUUGUCUCUGCGGCUAUGUACACAAGGGUCAAACAGGGUGGUGGUCCUGCACACCAACGUAUUCCCUUUGAAGAUCUUCUGAAACAGGUCUCGUUCCUAUCACAGCUGUUCCGCGGUGAAUUCAUUUUCCCUCCUGAGGGCUUGACAACUAACCUCGAGAAAACACUUCGAGGACUAGAGAAGGACGAAGUCAUUACGGUCUCCAGAGAUUCCUCUGGGAAGCCACUCUCUGUCGAACUUAGUGACGCUGAGCGUCAGCGCGGAAGAGAGAACUACGACUUCUAUUGUUUCCUUAUUUGGCCUUUCAUUGAGGCGGCCUGGCUUGGCGCAGUGUCCCUCAUGGGGCUCACUCCACCGCUGGACGGGCUAAAGGACGUUUGGAUUGACCAAAAGAAAGCGGAAGACAGUGCGCAGAUCCUUGGUAAAACUCUGUACCACCAGGGAGAUCUCUCUUACUUUGAGGCUGUGAACAAAGAAACGCUCAAGAAUUCUUACCAACGUUUCGCCGAAGAAGGGAUCAUCCUUGUCGCAAAGAGCAAAGAGUCUCGCACAGGUCCUACAAUCAAACUUGCUUCUGAAUGGACCCCAGAGCGAGACCCAGCAACAGGCAAACUCUUGCCCCGCGGCCGUCUAUGGGAUUUCACCGAGUUGAUCGCUCAGUCAAGACGUGAAGGCAAAAACCGUCGGGACGGAGCCACGGUGUCAUCGCGCGUUCUUACAAUGACCGAUACUGUCGGAAGCAAAUUAUUCGAGAGUGCAGCAAGCCCUGAUCCGACGAAUAACAUUGAUGUUUCGACACGAACGAUGCGUAGAAAUGUCAUUACGCCGUCGAAACUCUAA